AUGUCCAACCACCUCUGUCAAGUGCUGAGCCUGAUCUUCAGCUCGUGGAUAUUUGUCAUCAUCUCAGCUGUCACCUUGCUCCUGUAUGCUCUCCUCUUGCUGUCACUUUACUUCAUGCUCAGCAGGAAAAUAGCCCAGCAUUCCCAUGGGAUGCAGGGAUCCAGCAGCCCUGUGGCACAGCCCACCCCGGAUCCCACCCCAUCAGCAGGAGGGGCCAAGGCACAACAACCAGCACCAGCCUAUGCAGGGAGCAGCGACACCUCCUCGGACACCUCCUCGGACUCAUCUGACAGCCCCUCCUGCCCACAGGGCCAAGGUUCAGGAGGAAACAUCAACUACACAUCCCUGGUCUUCCCAGGGAAAGGCCGUGGGCCAGGCCCUGCCCAGGACUACGAGAACAUGAAGGCUGGGACUGACUAUGUCAACGUGGACCCCAAGAAGAAGAAAGCACAUCUCUGGCCCUGCUCCAGCCCCGUGGCAUCCCAGCCUGUGGAGUACACCGAGGUGAAGCUGUGACACCCUGGAUGCUCCUGCUCAAUGCACAGCUGCACCACCAGGGCUGCCCCUUCCCUCGGGCAGUGCCUGGCACAGGCUGAUGCCUGCAGCUCUUAUUGCUUGCCACACAAGGAAUGCAGUUUACUUGGCAUUUUACUUAAAGGCAUCGCUGUUCCCGGAGCGUGGGGUGGUGCAUGUUGCUCCCACCCAGGCUGAAAUGUGCUCCCCAGUUUUGUGUGAUGGCCCUUUUUGUCAUUUUGUGAAAGCAAAUGAAACAUGCAGUGAUCUUCAGAAUA